UAUAGUUUUCUAGAUAAAGUUUACGAUAGGACGCAUAAUUGUAUUUAAAAUCAGUAUAAACUCACUUUAUACUCAUAUGAUAACAGAGGCAAAAACAUGGAUUUUACAAAAAUUUGUCGUCUUUGUUGUGAUAGUAAUUGUCGAUUAUAUCCCAUUCAUGAAGCGCAUGAUGUUUAUUCAAUGAAACAGCUCUUCAACAACAUUCUGCUCCUGGAGCUGUCGGCUGACGAUGAUUUACCACAACAAAUUUGUGAAUUGUGUCUCAGUACACUGGUGAAAAUGCAUGAAACAAUCGAGGCUUUUCGUGAAAACGAGCGCAUGCUACGAUUGCAGAAAUUUGUACAGGUUGACAUUAAGGAGGAAGUGCUCGAACAAGAAGAAACGGAUCCAAUUCCCACACAUGAACUGCAAGUUGAGAUCAUUGGAGAAAAAGACAGAACGGUAAUGGAAAGCAAUGAAAAUGACUUAGAACCAGACAAUGAAGAACUCGUACUAUCCGAUACAGCAAGUCAGACGGAGGUUGAUUCGGUUGUAGAGGAAAAAUAUUCAAAGCGAAAACGCCCAAAGAAAACAAAAAAACGAGUGAAAGAAGCACAGAGUAUUAGAAAAACACUUGGAAGACCCAGAAUCCGUUAUAGAGAUCCGAAUCGACCACGACUCAAUGAUUUUAAAUGCUAUAUUUGUAAAAGCGAUUCUUUGGGUACGCCUGAGGCUUUACUUCUUCAUCUUAAUUCUCACUUGGAUAAACUGCCUUACACUUGUGCGGCUUGCGUUGUGGAGACGGUAGUCAUAGAUAAACUGACGACGCUCAAUAUUCAUAUGAGAAUGCACGAGAAUCCCCACAAAUGUCCACAUUGUGACCGGCGAUACAGCACUUAUCCGAAUGUCGAAACUCAUAUAAAUACGUACCACCUGGGCGAAAACGCUCCAUGUCCAACGACAUGUGAUCAGUGCGGUAAAGUUUGUUCCUCCGUUACUUCACUGAAACAUCAUCAAAGAUUACACACUAACGGAUUUGCUUGUGAAAUUUGUGGUAAAUUAUGCAAUGGAAAGCAUAAACUCAAAAAGCAUAUCGAACUGACUCAUGAGAAAGUAAAAAAGUUUGAAUGCUAUUUGUGUCACAAGAUGCUUUCCACUUUUUCUGCUGUGCAGGCUCAUAUCAAGAUAAUGCAUUCUACCAAGGAAGUGAAAUGUGAAUAUUGUGGUAAAAGCUAUCCGUCUGAACUAUCUCUUCGAUACCAUCUGAAGAAACAUGAGCAGCAUCCAAAUGUAAAGUUCUCCAGUGAUUGGAGAAAAUACUAUACGGUUCUGAAAUCUGAAGAAGAUGGAACCACUAUAAAAAAAUGCAAUUUAUGUGGAGUCAUACGGAAAGCCAUUGCACCACAUAUGAAUUUGGUUCAUUUCCCUAAGGAAUAUCGAUGUGAUCAGUGCGAUAUGGUAUUCAAAGUUAAAAAGACAUACGAGAUUCACGCUCGGGAACAUGAGCAUGGUAAGGCCUACCAAUGCCCGAUAUGCGACAAGAAAAUUUCAGAGAAAAGAAAUUUGAUUGCUCAUUUGAGAACCAAAAAGCACCGUGAUCAUCCCUUAAGUAAAUCGCUCGAUUGGUUAGACAAAAAAAGUGAUGAUGAUGGAGCUCAAUUCAAGAAUGAUUCGGACAUUGCGAUGGGGAAUCUGAUGUAGUAUUUUAACAAAUCACUGAAACAUGAUAUAAUUUCUUACGAGUUUUGUUUCCGCUUUGCUCCUGAUUUGUUAAAUAAA